AUGACGAGCGCCGCCGCACCUCAAGCCAUGUCCCUCAAACCGUCCUUACCAAUUGAACUCCUCCCAAGUAGUUUCGCCCUUAUAUUCUCACAAAUCCACCCGGCGACGCUCCUCUCUGCAUACUACCUGCGAUUUCCUGCUCUAGUCGCCAACCCAACCUCCACUCUCCUCAGUUCCCUAUUGCCUCUAGCAGCUAUACAGUUCCUGUUUGCAGUGGUGUGUCUACCAGCUGUAGGAAGCAACACAAAGGCAGUGAAGAAAGUGAAGCUCAAUGCACCAAAAAAGGCCGACGGGGCCGUUGCGGGCAGGAUUUUCACAUCUUUCGUAGCCCUCAUCUUCACAAGCCUCUCCAUCCCGCUCAUCACCCUUUUACAAAUCCUCUUUGGGGCGCCCCUCACCACGCAUCUGCCACACACGCUCCUCUCCUCCGCACACAUCGCGCUCCUCACGGUAUUCCCGCUCAUCUACGUGCAUGGUUCAGAUGGCCGAAAGUGGCGCGAGAUAUGCUCUUUGUACAGUCCUCUCGACGAGGUGUUUGGUGGUGCAGUUGGGUGCUUCUUAGGGGCUUGGGUGGGAGCUGUACCGAUCCCGCUGGACUGGGAUCGGGAAUGGCAGAAAUGGCCGGUUACGAUUGUGACAGGGGCGUAUGCGGGCUAUGUUGUGGGCAAGACGAUGGGCAGCUGGGUGUGGAGGGGAAAGAGGAUUGAGUUGGAGUAG